AUGUCAGUCUCAAGUCUCACACAACAAUGCCUCGACAAGAUUCAUCAGGCAAUGAGCCAGAAAAAUGAAUCAGAUCAUCAAGAUCACCUGGAAAACAGACUUGCAGGCUUCAACCUGUGGGUGGAUAACGUCGGAGCCCUGGCCAAGUCGGGCGCAUCUCUCGACUCUAGGUUUCGAUCUCGGCCUGAUGACCUAGAUUUAGUGAAAAAUAUCUUGAAUCUUCUUUUAGAUUUCUUAGACGAGUAUAAAGAUGCCAUCCAUAACGGCCUUUCAAUUGAUGAGCCAUUGUUGGAUAUAGAUUCCGCCAUUAAAAACCUGGCGAAAAUUGGAAUCGCGAUACGCCGAACCGGCAAAGCUUCGAGAAGUCGCAGGGCCUAUCAGUCAUUCAACCCUGACGAGCAUCUCGAUUUCAAGCGGCAUCUGGAAUGUUUGAUCCUUCUUCGACCCAAUGAAACCCAGCCUCAGCUGUCUGAACUGGGAAUCUCUAGCGUUAAUGAGCUUAUUGAUGCUGCAUCAGACAAGCCAAGCGAGAAGACCGACAUAUUGAAAACCAAACUUGAACAAUUAGCUAAAUCAAGGAUGGAAGAUCUCGCUUCCUCGAAGCUGAACGAGAUCCAAAAAAGGCUGGUUGACGCCAACCUCAGACGCAGACAUAACUUUUUGUUAGCUCAAAAGAGGUCCCAGCGUGUCAAAAAAACGGCACAAACCAGUUUUACCCCAGAUAAGCAUCAGUUCGACAUUGCUCCUCUUGAAAUCGCAAAAGUCACACUCAGGGCCAAGGUGAUAGACCAAGCCAAUGUUCUUGCAUCCAUGGAACCUAAAGACGUGCCAACACAAAUUGUCCAAAACACAGCAGCGCCUACUGUGACUGGCUAUACAAUAGCAUCAACAGCUGAGGGGACUUUGCAGUUCGAUCUAGCCAAAAGUCAGCAACCCGCACCAACCGUUGCUCCCUCACAGAUCUCAUUCAUUGCUGCCAACACUGAGUUUCCGAGGCCUCCGCCGUCCUUUCAAAGUCAAUUCAUGUUUAAAUGUCCCUGUUGUUGUCAAUCUCUGCCUAGUGAGGACUUUGCAAGUCCUAGUAGAUGGAGGCAACAUCUUAUCGAAGACCUAUGUCCAUACACUUGUAUCGCACAGUCGUGCCCAACGCCGGAUAAGCUUUUCACCACUAGAAAAGCAUGGGAACUCCAUUUUGAGAAUGAUCAUUCACCUCAAUGGCAGUGUCUGUUAUGCAACGAAGAUGAUGAGCCGUUUUCAUCAGAAGAAGAUAUAACUACACACACACAGACUCAACACAAACAAGAGUUGUCAAAAUACGAGCUCUCGUUUCUUCUCUCCUCUGCUGAGGUGCGAUAUAUGGGACUCGAAGCGUGUCCGCUGUGCUCAUCACACGGACCACGAGACUCGACAGAGUUGGUUGACCACGUGGUGCAUCAUGCUUAUGAAUUUGCUCUUCGUGCUCUUCCAUGGCCCCAAUCUGUAAAAGAAAAUCUUAGCAAGCCGAUAGGAACGUUUUCUCUACCAGAGGAUGCUUCAAACUCUAAGCAGCUUGAGAAAUGGCUUGACAAUUUAGAAGGGUCUGCGAAAGAGCUCUCUAUAUCUUCGUUUGACAAAAUGGACCACUCACUGCCGGAAGAAGAUGGUAACACCCUUGAGGAAGACUAUUUUGCAAACAACGGCUACUUUGAAGACAGGGAAAUGGCAGAUUUCUCCAAACGUCAAACUGCACAAGGACGGUCUUCAAUAGUAUGGAGCGAGUCAUCGGGCCCAGAUCUCGCUAAUCAAGAUGGUGUGAACGAUCCUACACAAGCUGAAAUGGAUCUUUCUGCAGCCGUGUCACGAGGAGACGAGGAUGCCGUUCGCUCUAUGAUUGAAGAUUGCCAAACGUUUGAUAGUGGCGGCAAAAUAAGAAAAAGAGCAUUAAUGGCUGCCGUCCAGGGAGGGAACAUAGCAAUUGUCAAACAGCUCCUCAGAAGCGGCAUUGAUAUAGAUUCAUCAGAUGAAUACGGCCGAACAGCACUAUUCUUUGCUGUUGAACGAAAUGACAUACCAAUGGUGCGACAUCUUAUCGAGUCGGGUAGUGAUGUCGAUAACAAGGAUCACGGGGACUUGACACCACUCCAAAGAAUCAUUCAAGGGGGCAAUGAGAUAAAUAUCAGCGCGCUAUUUACUCCAAAAAUCUACCAAAGAUUCACAGAUGAUCAAAGCCAGACGCUACUUACGUGGGCAGAAGACAAAGGCCACCUAUUUGCGGCUCGGAUCCUAACAGAAUUGCGGGAAAAGCACGAGUCGAUGCUGAGUCUUGCACAGGAAACUUUCAACAUCGAAGAUCGCGCUGCAGCGGCACAAACUGUAAUACUAGGCAAUAACUGGUAUGCUCUUAUCGAUCCUGCGUUAGAGCCUCUGUAUUUUGACUUUAUGAAUACUUUGCCGUACAAGGACUUCGUUACUAAGCUCGCUUUCAGCUAUAACGGGAAAUAUAUUGCGACUGGAGACAGCAUGGGGAUUGUACGGAUUUUCGGCGUUGAGACAGUACAAGAAGUAUUUCAAGUGGACCUGGGGACAGCUAUCAGGGAUAUCUGUUUUAGCCCUGAUGGGCGAUCUUUAGCCACUGCAUCCCGUAACCUCAUUAAGGUGUUCGAUAUUAAUACAAAAACCGUUCAACACACUUUUAUGCACGACAGCCGUGUCUAUGCGCUUGAUACUUCAUAUGAUGGUCGUUUACUCGCAUCCGGCGAUUCCCGGGGUAUUGUUCGCAUUUGGGAUAUGGACCAGGGAGUUGAAAUUAAGAAAUUUACUACAAGGAAGACAAUAUCCAGCAUUAAGAUAUUUCCGGACAGCCAUUUUGUAGCCGCCAGCUGUGAAGAGGGCGGUGAUGUUUAUAUUUGGAAUUUGAAGACGGAUGCCUUACAGGAGAGGAUAUCUGAUGAUAGAGAUGACGUGAUGUCCACAUUUUUCUCUUCGGAUGGAAAGCAUAUGGCUACUGGGAAUCGUCGUUCCAUUAAAUUAUGGGAUCAAGACACGGGCAAAUGCCUUUUCUCCAUGGCUGGGUCGUUGGUUAAGUCAGUGUUUCUGACGCCAGGCGAUAGGUGGAUUGCGGCUGCCCAUGCCAACGGGUCGGUCCAGUUCUGGGAUUGGACAACAAAAAAGUGUCACUACCUAAUACACGAGCGAGGAAGAAUUAAAUGCAUGGCGGUCAGUCCCCUGGGCGGUUAUUUUGCAACGGGUUCUCUUUCCGGAACUAUGUGCAUAUGGUCAUACGGCCCGCGCAGGCAGACAUAG